GAUUACAUCAUGAAUUUCAAUGAUCUGUUGCUCCCAUAGUUUUGAAUAGUUGAGCUGGUUCGCAUCGUGAUUUUGUUAAUCUUGGAUAAACUAUCGGAAUGAGAAUUUGAGAUCGAGAUCGAAGGAGGGAGUGGCAAAAGAAGAGAGUGAAGAUGAGUGAAGGCCAGCGGUUUCAGCUGGGAACAAUUGGAGCAUUGUCUUUGUCUGUGGUUUCCUCGGUGUCCAUUGUGAUUUGUAACAAGGCACUUAUUAGUACUCUUGGUUUUACCUUUGCUACAACUUUGACAAGUUGGCAUCUUCUUGUCACGUUUUGUUCUCUUCAUGUGGCAUUAUGGAUGAAAUGGUUUGAGCACAAGCCGUUUGAUUCAAGAGCUGUCAUGGGCUUUGGGAUACUUAACGGGGCCUCAAUUGGACUUCUGAAUCUUAGCCUGGGUUUUAACUCUGUUGGUUUCUACCAGAUGACAAAACUGGCAAUCAUCCCCUGUACAGUUCUUUUGGAGACUAUUUUCUUCACAAAGAAAUUCAGUAGGAAUGUCCAGCUUUCGCUUGGCAUUCUUCUUUUGGGUGUUGGAAUUGCAACCGUAACUGAUCUGCAGCUCAAUGUCCUUGGCUCUGUAUUAUCUCUGCUUGCGGUUGUCACAACCUGUGUCGCCCAGAUUAUGACCAAUACCAUCCAGAAAAAGUUCAAAGUAUCUUCGACCCAACUCCUGUAUCAAUCUAGCCCCUAUCAGGCAAUGACUCUGUUCUUCACUGGCCCAUUUCUAGACUGGCUUUUGACGAAUCAGAAUGUUUUUGCUUUCAAAUAUACCCCUCAAGUGCUGGCAUUCAUUGUUCUAUCCUGCCUAAUUUCAGUCUCUGUAAACUUCAGUACCUUCUUAGUAAUUGGAAAGACAUCUCCAGUCACCUAUCAAGUCCUAGGACAUCUGAAAACAUGCCUAGUUUUGGGCUUUGGCUAUGUGCUACUCCAUGACCCAUUUAGCUGGCGAAACAUUUUAGGGAUCUUGGUUGCUGUGGUUGGCAUGAUACUUUAUUCUUAUUGUUGCACUCUUGAGAGCCAGCAAAAGGCAAUUGAAGCAUUACCACAGUUGUCCCAGGCAAAGGAAAGUGAAUCUGAUCCCCUCAUAAGUGUCGAAAAUGGAUCUGGAAUCUUAAAUGACAGUGUUACAAAAGCCCCUGCGUGGAAUUCAAACAAGGACCUUCAAGCAUAAAGCUGCCUCACUCAUUAUCAAUCUGUUCACUGUGUUUUAGAAUCGACAGAAAAAUCGUUCGACCAAUGAAGGUGUCACUGCAGGGGUUUCCACGUGCUGCAGAACAUAGGUUUUUAUAACCUUUAUGGUAGUAGCUAUCAAAACUGAAGAAAAUAUUUUUUGAUAUAGCAGUUUUGAUUAUUAGUUUUGUACGGGUUAGUGUGCCAAUAGAAUGCAUAUUGCCAAUGGGGUAUUGUUAUAUUCCCAGAUACUGAAAGAGAAUGUCCUCUGUUAAGAGUCACUCUGUUUCCUUGACAAACAUUAAAACGUGGCCUUGAAAAUGAAAAUCAAAUUAUAUGCAUAUGCCCGAAAUGGUU